AUGAACAACCAAGAAAAAGUACAAAUGCUUUUAAUUUAUGGUAGAUGCAAUAGAAACUCUCGUCAGUCAGCAAAAAUGUAUGCUGAACAAUACCCAGGUCGGUACCAUCCACCACACACUUUGUUCAUUAAAAUAGAAAAAUUAUUGAUUAACCAUGGAGCAUUUUCUGUAAAAGGAGUCCGUAACCAACAAAUUAGACAAAAUAAUAUUAAUGAUGAUGUAGAACUUCAAGUUUUAGCAUAUAUUAGAUUGAAUCCACUAUCUUCGGUUAGGCAUGUUGGUAGAGAAGUUGGAAUAUCGUUCGGCCUUGUGCAUAAAAUUUUAAAAAAACACAAAUUACAUCCUUACAAACCUGAAUUAGUUCAACAUUUACGACCUACAGAUCCAGAAAGAAGGUUAAAUUUCAUUGCUUGGUUGCUCGUUCAAAUCGAUACACAACCGUUAUUUUUAAAUCAGAUAUUAUGGACUGAUGAAUCUAAAUUCACGAAUAAUGGAGUUAUUAAUAAGCAAAACAAUCGUUUAUGGUCAGAUGUCAAUCCUCAUUGGGCAGUGGAUAGCCGUCACAAAACUGUGUUGGGUACAAAUGUUUGGUGUGGACUUAUAGGUGGCAAAUUAUUAGGACCGUAUUUUUAUGAAGAAAACUUAAAUUCAAGACGAUAUUUCGCGGGCUUGGAUCCAAAAGGUUCUAUAUGA